ACAUAGUCAAAGAGUGAAAGGGAAGAGGGCGAAAGUGCCACUGGAAAUAAUUGAUUAGCUACCAGUCAGUGAUAACUUGUUAGUAAUCGUCAAGUGUUUGGAGCUCGCCAUUUUCAGGCAGGCUUUUCGCUGCACCGGACUCCGGAGGCGCACUUUGAAGGCAUCCCGUUUUGGAAUAAGAUUGUCCACCUCCAAUCUUCCUCUGUUAUGUGACUUCUUGCACCCUUCUCCCUUGUAUAGCCUCACUCGUUUUAAGAGCUGAUUUUCCCCACCCCGACCGAGCCCAACUCACCACCAGUGAUGACAUCCAAAGAAGUGGCCAAAUGUGAUGCGGGGGAAAACAGGAGGCGAAGCCCGUUGGACCACUUGCCACCCCCCGCCAACUCCAAUAAGCCGCUGACCCCCUUCAGCAUCGAGGACAUCCUCAACAAGCCGUCCGUGAAGCGAAGUUACACCAUUUGUGGCACGGCUCAUCUCAUCUCGACCAGCGAGAAGCACCGCGCCUCCAGCCUGCCUCUGGCCAGCCGUGCGCUGCUCACCCAAACCUCGCCGCUGUGCGCCCUGGAGGAGCUGGCCAGCAAAACCUUCAAGGGGCUGGAAGUCAGCGUGCUUCAGGCGGCAGAAGGCCGGGACGGCAUGACCCUAUUCGGCCAGAGAACCACGCCGAAGAAGCGCCGAAAGUCCCGCACGGCCUUCACCAACCAUCAAAUCUACGAGCUGGAGAAGCGCUUUCUAUACCAGAAAUACUUGUCCCCGGCCGACCGGGACCAGAUCGCCCAACAGCUCGGCCUGACCAACGCGCAAGUCAUCACGUGGUUUCAGAACCGCAGAGCCAAGCUAAAGCGGGACCUGGAGGAGAUGAAAGCGGACGUGGAGUCGGCUAAGGCCAUCGGCCAAGUCCCCUUGGACAAGCUGGCCAAACUGGCCGACCUGGAGAAAUGCGCCAACGGCACGCUGGGCCAUCCGCGAGUCGACUCCCCCACGCGGGUAAGCCAGCAGGAGCACGAUCUCGGCCAGAAAGUGACGCGGUCCCCGCUGUCGCCUUUCUCAGACCACACAACGAGCAAAGAGUGCUCGGAGGACGAGGACGUGGAGAUUGACGUGGAUGACUGAUGGUGCGGCGCUGGAGCGCGGGAGUGCCAAAAACAAUUCAUCAAGAAAAAAGACGAUGGACACAAACAGCGUCGAGGAUUUACUUGUAUAACGUACUGCUUAUAUUGUGUACCACUUUUCUGAACAUGUACCAAAAUGUAAUUAUACUUUUGUAUGGGCGCAUAUAAGCAUGGAUACACAACAAAAAGAAAUAUGCAGUUGUAAUUUACGAUGUAACAGUCUUUGCAAUCAGAGCAAUAUGGUCAAAAAUGACACGUGUAAAUUAUUAUUAUUAUUAUUAUUAUUAUUAUUAUUAUUAAUAUUAUUAUUAUUAUUAUUAUUAUUAUUAUUAUUAUUAUUAUUAUAACUGUUUCCCCACCACCAACAUACAUACACAGGCGCACGCGCCCUGUUACAUUAUUUUUCAGAGGUCCUCACCCAAUUAUGUUUUGCAUGCAAAUGCGUGAUUUGAUUUGUGAUUCCGAUUCUAUUUAUUUUUACGUUGGUUUAUUUUUAAUUUAAACGUUUUGUUUUGUGAGCCAGUGCAGGCUCGCCUCCUCUUUUCACCUCGUGCCGCAGUGCAUGAAGACUGGGACUUUUUUCCUACGAUGAUGCAUUUUAUUUGCUGGCUAAAAAAACGACUUUUUAUUGCGGUGAAUUUAAGGCUUUUGGGGGGGUGGGAUUAAUUUGUUUGGAUACCGUUUGUUAUGAUUUGAACACCUGUAAGUGCCUUUCUAAAAUUCAGGAUUUGAAACCCAAUUAAUGCACAGACUGCAAUGUAUAUAGGCAACAAUGGGAAUAA